UUUAACUAAAUCAUCUUCCUAAGCUCUAUCACUGAAAUAAUUCUGCAGACAAAAAAAAAUGAGAGAGAGGUGGCAAAGAUGAAGUGGAGGUGAGAGACGGAAAGCAAAAACAAUAGUCACGAGAAUCAACACCAACUCUUAAACCAAGAUAGACCAAGAAACCAAACAGAGUAAAUAAAUGGUGGCCUUGACAACAUUGAAAUCCCCAAAAAUCUCAACUUUUUAGGGUUUUCGAGCUCUGAAAUCUCUCUAUCUUUCUUCUUCAGAUUUCUCACUUUUUUCUUCUUCAUAAGAUCCUCGUGAUUCCACUUUAUAACGUACGCCUCCUUUCAAGAAAAAUCUCUCUCUAUAUUAUCUACGUUUCUCUCGCCUUGUCUCCUUUUGAGGUUCCAUUUCUACUUCUCUCCAAAAUUCGAAACUUUUCCCACUCUCUCUCUCUCUCUACUAGUUUGACAUGAACAGCGACGGUGUUUGGCUUGACGGCUCCGGUGAAUCUCCGGAAGUUAAUAACGGUGAAGCUGCGUCUUGGGUCAGAAACCCAGAUGAAGACUGGUUCAAUAACCCACCACCACCACAACACACUAAUCAAAACGACUUCAGAUUCAAUGGUGGCUUUCCUUUAAACCCCUCAGAGAAUCUGCUUCUUCUUCUUCAGCAAUCGAUUGAUUCUUCUUCUUCUUCUUCUCCGUUAUUACAUCCUUUCACACUCGACGCUGCUUCACAGCAACAACAACAACAACAACAACAACAGGAACAGUCUUUCUUAGCUACGAAAGCUUGUAUAGUUUCUCUUCUCAACGUCCCAACCAUCAAUAACAACACUUUCGAUGACUUCGGCUUUGACUCUGGUUUCUUAGGACAACAAUUCCAUGGAAAUCAUCAAUCUCCGAACUCGAUGAAUUUCACUGGCUUAAACCACUCAGUACCGGAUUUUCUUCCAGCUCCGGAAAACAGCUCAGGAUCAUGUGGAUUGAGUCCUCUGUUCUCAAACAGAGCAAAGGUUUUAAAACCGUUACAGGUAAUGGCUUCAUCUGGCUCGCAGCCAACUCUGUUUCAGAAACGAGCUGCAAUGCGUCAGAGCUCGAGUAGCAAAAUGUGCAAUUCUGAGAGUUCUUCUGAAAUGAGGAAAUCGAGCUACGAGAGAGAGAUUGACGAUACUAGUACCGGAAUCAUCGAUAUCUCUGGAUUGAAUUACGAAUCUGAUGACCAUAAUACUAAUAACAACAAAGGUAAGAAGAAAGGAAUGCCUGCAAAGAAUCUUAUGGCUGAGAGAAGAAGAAGGAAGAAGCUUAAUGAUAGGCUUUACAUGCUUAGAUCAGUUGUUCCCAAGAUCAGCAAAAUGGAUAGAGCAUCAAUACUUGGAGAUGCUAUUGAUUACCUCAAAGAGCUUUUACAAAGAAUCAACGAUCUUCACACCGAACUUGAAUCUACUCCACCGAGUUCUUCAAGCUUGCAUCCGUUAACACCGACUCCACAAACGCUGUCUUACCGUGUUAAGGAAGAGUUGUGUCCAUCUUCCUCCUUGCCAAGUCCUAAAGGCCAACAACCAAGAGUUGAGGUUAGAUUAAGAGAAGGAAAGGCAGUGAACAUACACAUGUUCUGUGGACGUAGACCAGGUCUUUUACUUUCCACCAUGAGAGCUUUGGAUAACUUAGGAUUGGAUGUUCAACAAGCGGUGAUUAGCUGUUUCAAUGGUUUUGCUUUGGAUGUUUUCCGCGCUGAGGUAAUAUAGUUGUUAAGAUGCUAUGCUGAUCACUGAUUAGUAAAACUAGCAGUCAAAGAAUAGUUAUUUGAGAGAAUGAUUAGUAUACAAGUAACAACAUGUUUUGUGUUUCUAAUCAGCAAUGUCAAGAAGACCAUGACGUGUUACCUGAACAAAUCAAAGCAGUGCUUUUAGAUACAGCAGGUUACGCUGGUUUGGUUUGAUUGCGAAGCAGAAGGAAGCAUCUGUGUGGAACAGAGCUAGAUCUAAGUCCUUGUUCUGUUUUAGUCAGCAAUUUUCUUACUUAGUUUCAUCAAUUUCAAUCAUGUAUGGAAGAUGAUAACUGUUUUAUUUUAGCUAUGAGAACAUGUGUUUGGGGAACAAUAGUUGCAACCUUUGAGCAAAAUGCCAUUGUUUCUCAAUAAUUCUACUUUGCUUUUCAUUUAUAUGUUGUUUGCAAGAAGAGAGCAAUGUUGAUUUUCA